CAGAACAUUGUGCGGCGGCAACCGAACCACAAAAACGAUGGACGCCCAACGCGCGCUUCUCGAUGAACUGAUGGGCCGGAACCGGGAUGGGGACAAGCCAGAAGAAGACAUUAGCGACUUUCGCGAUUCCCGUGUGUGCAAGCGAUUUCUAUGUGGAUUGUGCCCGCACGACUUGUUUCAGAAUACGAAAAUGGAUAUGGGCGAUUGCGAAAAGCUCCACUUGCCGAAACUCAAGAUCGCGUACGAGGCCGAGAAGGCAAAACCAAAUCCCCGCGACUAUGGCUACGAAAAUGAUUUGUUGCGCGAAUUGGAGCGGUAUGUGUCCGACGUGGAGAAGAAGAUAUCCCGUGCACAGAAGCGUUUGGAAGAACAAGAGGGCGCACGUCCACCGACGUUGGCCGACAUUGAGAACAACAAAGAGGUGUUGGAAAUCACUGCUGAAAUUGCUGACCUCAUGCAAAAAGCAGAGGAUGCUGGCAACGAAGGCGAAGUGGACUUAUCCAUGGAGUUGAUGGCGCAAGUUGAAGCGCUCAAAGCGAAAAAGAUUGCCGUACAAGCCAACACCGACGCAAGCGGUCCCUCGAACCCCGUGGUGAACGAGAAACCCGCUGGCCAUGACGAACGUCAACAACAAACUCCGUGUGUGUGACAUGUGCGGCGCUUUCCUCAGUAUUUUCGACAGCGACCGCCGUUUGGCCGAUCAUUUUGGUGGGAAAAUGCACCUCGGGUACAUGCAAAUUCGGAAAAAGAUUGCCGAAAUGAAACUUGCGCGUGAAGCUGCCAAUGCCAAUGCUGGGGGGGCACCCGCAUCGUCAGCACCGGGCGAAGGCUCCGGCAUACCUUCGACACAUCCCAGUGACGGGCCGUCGUUUGCCCGCCGUGAAUCUGACAGCUACUCGCACCGAACUCGAUCCCGCUCAACCUCGAGAGAUCGGGGUCGCCGUCGCGAGGACCGACGCCGAAGUCGAAGCCGCGACCGUCUACGCCAACGCCGUAGCCGUAGUCGCAGCCGCGAUCGAGACCGGCGCCGCCGUUAAGUUGCUAACACAAGCGGCGGACGGAUCGUUCGCUUUCCACGCUGCUCGUGAGUCCACCAUGACGGCCGACGACUGCGUCCAGGUCUGCGUCCGUAUUCGCCCGACAAGCAAGAAGGAACAGGCCGCGAUUGCAUCAAACAACUGCAUUCGAGUCAUGCCGAGCCCAAAACCCCCGACACAGCUUGUCGUGGGCAAAGACCGGCCGUUCACGUUUGAUAGCAUUCACACGGUCGAUACGACGCAGGAGGCUCUGUAUGCCACAUCCGUCACUUCACUCGUGAACGGGUUCAUCGAGGGCUACAAUGCGACAGUGCUUGCUUACGGCCAAACCGGCACGGGCAAGACGUUCACGAUGACGGGGGGUGCCGCCUACAGCGCCAAACUCCAAGACAGCCACGGUGUGAUUCCUCGCGCCGUGUGCCACGUGUUCCAGCUCAUGCACGCCCGCCAGCAAGUUUCCGAGUGCCUCUUGCGCAUCGAGUACGUCGAAAUUUACAACGAAGAAUUGCGCGACCUCCUCCAUCCUGAAACAUCGUCCAAGAAUCUGUCGAUUCGCGAAGACGCGGACGGACACAUUGUGGUGACGGGCGCCAAGUCGCAAGCUGUUCAAACCCCCGACGACGUCAUGCGGCUACUGUCCAUGGGAUCGGCCGCGAGGGUGACAGGCAGCACGCAAAUGAACGAGCAGUCGUCGCGAUCGCAUGCGAUCUUUACGCUCGUAUUGCAGCAAAAACGGCGGGACUCGGGGCAACUCACGCACGCAAAGUUUCACUUGGUCGACUUGGCAGGUUCGGAACGGGCCAAGCGGACGGGGGCGGUCGGGGGACGCUUCAAAGAAUCGGUCAAUAUCAACCAAGGGCUGCUGGCGCUCGGGAAUGUCAUUUCUGCUUUGGGCGACGACGCGAAGAAGAAGGCUCAUGUUCCGUAUCGCGAUUCCAAGCUCACGCGGCUGCUGCAAGACAGUCUCGGCGGCAACUCAAAGACGCUCAUGAUUGCGUGUGUGAGCCCGGUCGCGGCCAACUUUGACGAGACCCUCAACACGCUCAAGUAUGCGAACCGCGCCAAAAACAUCAAGAAUCGCCCGGUGGUGAACCAUGUCAAGGAGGCGGACACCGACGACACGAUUCUCCGCAUGAAGGAAGAGAUUCAGAUGCUCCAGCGGCAGCUUGUGACCACUCCACCCGUGGCAGUUGCAGCACCAGAGGAGCACGACCAACAGCUCCUUCACGAAUGGACGGCCAAGGUCCAGGCGCUGCAGAGAGCCGUCCAAACAGCCAAGUCGACGGCAAAGGAAGGCGCGACUGCCCUGGUCGCCCUGGAGCGGGAUAUCAAGGCGCUCGGACGCCCCGUGCAACAGCGCCUGAAUGACGUCGUCAAGUUGCUCAACAGCAUCGUUCUCCUCCAGCACGACUCGCCUGCAACACCCAUCAACGGUGCUGACGACUUGCCCCACAACAACGCACACGAAUACCGUGCCGAAAUCAACGCGCUUCACGACAAACUGAAACAAGACGUCGAGAUCUUUGAGCUCAAGAGCAAAGAAAUGGAACAGUUGCAGCGCCAAAUGGCACAAGCCCACAAGGAAUUGGAGGCGCUGCGCGCGAUGAACCAACAACUUCAGAUGGCCACUACCGUGGCCUGUGCAACACCUCGUCGGCGGGACGUGGAAGGCGCGACCAACCAGUCCGGCGACUCGAUGGAUCGAAAGGCUGUUAGUUUGUUUGCCAAACGCCACAGCGUCGACGACGAUGACAGUGUGUUGAUGGCGGACCCCGAAAUGACUACCGAGACGACCGUGACAAUUCUCCAUUUACAACAAGAAAUCGUGCAGCUCAAGACGGAAUUAGCAAAGUCCAAGGCGACUGACGGCGUCCUCUUUACGACCACUCCGCCACUGACGAAGCCCAAGGAAUCGCACAUUCCUCCAGCUCGGGCGCAAACAGCAAAGCUGCCUCGGAGCUCGCCACCGCCCGCGGUGUCGGCACUCCCGGUACCACCGAAAACGGCGGAUCCGACCGCUGUUCCGUUGGACACGACGUCGAUUCAUGCAAUGUUCCAAACUCAAUUGUUGGCUGCCGUCGAGAGUCAUGUCAAGCAAGCGCAGGUCGCGACGAUGCUGCGUGCAAAAGAGGUCACUGCCAAGGAGAAGGAAGACAUUGCGCGGCGCAAGCAUGGGCUUGAAAUGGAGAAAAUGCGGCAAAGCUUGUCCGUGCAAUCGAGCAUCACGGAUUUGGCCCAGUCGAUCCACGCCAUGAACUCCAAGCUCCACGCGACAGGAUCGCCGGAUCCCGAGGAGCUCUCCCGUCUGAAGCGGCGAAAGGACCGCGCCGAGAAGAAACUCGCGCUGUUUGUCCAAAAGAUGGAAUCUCAAUCGUAUGUGGACCCCGCCGUCCAAGACGAGCUGUCGGCGCUCGAGGAGCAAAUCGAAGACCUGAAUUCGCAAAUCCUGUUUCAAGACUCCCAGCUCGAGUCGGCCCAAGCGCAGGUGCCGGAAUCGACCGCAAUCGAUCAGGUGCUCAAGCACGUCGCAACCUCUGGGGCGGCCAUCGAUCCCAAGCUCAAGACGUGGAUUCAAAUGUGUUGGACCGAGCUGGUCGAUGUGUCGGUGCAGAUAAAGGCCGUCCAGGCGACGUUGCAGCUCCAGGACGAAAUGGUCGUGCAGCUCACGCAAAAUCGCGAGCAGCUCGAGAACGGCCUGAAUGCCGCGAGAGCCGAGUACGACCGUCGUCUCCUGCAGAAUGAGCUCCUGCAAGCCAGUGACAAGAAGCACAUGGACGAGCUGAUGGUCCUGCUCGCCGACAAGCAAAACCAAAUCGAUGCCCUUCGAGCGACGGAAAAGGUCAGCUCUAGCGACGCCAAGACCCUCGCCGACCUCAACCACCUCGUCACGGCAAAGCAAAACGAGCUCGAUCAACUCAAGAAGCGCCUCGGCGACGCGGAAAAAGACAAAAAGCGCCUGACAGAGUACGACCGGUACGUGUCAGAGCGCCAGGCGGAAUGGGAGGCCAAGCUUGCUGAGGUGCAGCGAACGUUGGAGGUUGAGCGCGUCGCGGCCCAAGCAAGUAUCGACGACUUGCGCCAACAGCUUGCACAGGUACAGAGAGUCCAAGCCGCUCCCGUGGCGUCGCCAUCGGAGAGUGAGCUAGCGCCCUUGAAAGAGAAGCUUCAAGCGCAACAAGAGUACGUUGUGAACUUGGAGAAGCACGUGCUCUUGUUCAAGAACAAAGCCAAACAAGCACAGCAACAGCUGCAACAACUCAUUCGGGACUCGGCUGGAAAUCAAAACAACGACGAAGACAACCCACGGAUCAAGCAGUUGGAAGACAUGAACGAGGCGUUGAUGAAAGAAAACGCUGCCAUGAAAGUUCACUUGCGAGCGAUGAAAGGCCCCGACCCGUCCGAUCCCCACUUCCGCGUUCGCAUUCCAAAGGCAGAAUUGAUCGAAGUCGAGUUGCCCACACCUGUCCCACAAUCGAGCGAGCAGCAAUAGGUCCGAAUGAAGAACCCGACGACGCUUCGACAUUGAAACGAUUGUACUCGACAAGCACUGCUGUGUUGUUGAUUUCGCUAGGAUGGUCCCUUUGUGCCUUGGGGGAUCCCAAAGAAACGUUCUUCAUGCUGCAACUUGUUCGUCCCCUUCCAAAGGAGCGUAAGGAAUAUAACAAAACAUGAAGUACAACGACG